UCUUGAAAGCGGGGCGCGUUUCGGAUCCGCACAUAUUCGCCUCUAUAAAGGGCUUAGAACAGAGUUUCCGAACAUAUCGCUUUCGUGUUACCCAGUUGUAUAUUCUUUGUUUUUUUUUUUUUUUUUUCGUUUCUUGAAGUCUUCGAAAGAAAGUUAAAAACAGCGGGAUUCAUCACAAAUCUAAGUGUUACCAUAUUGUUCUGUUUAUAGCAGUUUGAGUUUUUAUUUGUUUUAAUAUAUUUUCUUUAUAGAAAAAAUAUUUGUUAUUUACCGCGGCGCUAUAGUGAAUUACAAGUCGUGGAUAUUUGCUUUAUGAAAGUGACGUAAAGGGAUUAUUUAACUGAAAAACGAACAGCAAGAAAGCUGAUAAGGGAGCGUCCUGUCAUUUGAAAGCAUCUCCAUAAGCUCAAGUUUUCUCCUGCUCCUUUGAAGAUCAUUUAAUCCACUAUUAAAUCUCUUCUCUCUACUGAUUACUGGGGACGUUUAUGGAUACGCUCUUUAAAUCUGGGCAUACCCGGCUGUGUUGAAACAAAACGGAGAAGCUGCCCGUUAAUUUUGUGGGUUUUUCGCUUGAACGUCCUAAAAUAAAGAGCAAUCGGAUGUUGAUGUAGUUCAAGCUGGCCACGAGACCGCAUCCGGAUUAAGCGCAGUUUGCUGGACCCCUUGGGCGUGCGGACCGAAGAGGGAUGGCGAGCCAGCGGCCCCUGUGGCUCAUAUUAGUGCUCGGAGCAUUAGUGCCCGUUGUACGGGACCAGAAUUUGGAACCCCCCCCCUUGUUCCCAGUACGCUCCAUGGAGGGGACGCCCUCCCGGCUGCCCUGCCAGUUCCAGGAGGGGGAUGCCAGCGUGAGCGUGGUGCAGGUGACCUGGACCCACGACAAGCCAGAUGGCACCAAGGAGAUGGUCAUCACUGCCCACCCGACAGAGGGACUGAAAGAGUUUGGUGUCUUCUCGGGCCGGGUGAAAUUCGAGAGCGCCGACCCCAUGACCAGCGCGGCGCUGAUCAUCCAGAGCACCGCAGAGUCGGACGAAGGCCAAUACACUUGCCACAUAUCCACCUUCCCCUUGGGAAACUUUGAGCAGCAGCUGUCGCUGACAGUGUGGGUCAAGCCCAUCUCCCACCUGGAGCCGGUGGUUCUGAUGGAGGGCCAGCCCCGGAGUGUGGCGGCCACCUGUCGCUCCGCGGCGCGCCCGCUGCCCGUGGUGACCUGGGACACUGAGCUGAAGGGUCAGAUCCAGAACCGCACCUCCAGUAUCCGGUCCGUGGCCACAUACUACUUCAUCGAACCCCUGCGCAGCAUGGAUGGGAAGAAGCUGGACUGCCUAGUCUCACACCCGUCUCUGCCACAGCCCUACCGGAUAUCCAACUACCUGGUUGUUCACUAUUCCCCUGAAGCGGCAAUCAGUGGUUAUAAAGAAACCUGGCAAGCAGGACAAGCGCGAGCCUCGCUGAAGUGUAAAGCCACAGGGAAUCCAGCCCCGACCUUCUCCUGGAGCAGAAACGGCGGGGCCCUGCCACCUGGGGUGUCCAUACAGGGGGAGACGCUGUCGUUCAGUCGGCCCCUGCUUGUGACAGACUCCGGAGUGUACGACUGCUUGGCCAGCAACACUGUAGGAACUGGCAAGGACAGUGUCAAUGUAGUAGUGACAGGCGUAGAGCCAAGGGUUGCCCAUAACCCGGUGAUCGUCAACACUCUGUGUGGCGUCAUCGGUGUGCUGCUGAUGAUCACGGUGGUUGCGCUCAUCGCGGUGAAAUGUCACUAUCAGAAGAAGAAGAAGAAGCUGGAGAAACAGCUUGAUGAGAAGAAAGAGGAGCUGAUUUCUCUAUCAAGACAGAAUUCUGUCCGAAGACUGAACUCAGAUCGCCGGGCGUCGGACACUCGCAUUCAGCUGGAAGACAAUAUUGCCCUCAGACUGGAAAGUGCUAUUUCUACACUCAAGGAUCUUUCAGUCCGGGGUUAUUCCCGCUAUGAUGGAAGCAUGGUGGAAGAGGAGGCAGAGACCAUUAUUGGCGACUCCCUGCAUAACUCUAUGUGGCCCGGAGACGAAGACCCUGAUGGCUAUGUGGACAUGGACGGCGGGAGACAGGCCCCCAGGCACAGGGCUGAGUCCUUCCUGAGCAGCACGUCUUUGGGCCGGACCAGCAUGACAGAUGUGACGGGUCUGCAACAUCUGGGUUCCAGAGAGCGGAUGUCGCUCCUAAGGACCAGCCUCUCCGGAGGGUCAGUAACGCGACACCCGGGGGCGAGGGACCAGGCGGCGACCAUAAGGUCCAGCAUCUCUGCCUGGUCGGGAACGCAAGCCCUGGGUUCCAGGGACCAGCUGUCUGCUACACAGGCUGGCAUGGGGGUGGAGCCUCAGCACCUGGGAAUCGGUGAACGGGUACCUUCAGUGCGAAGCAUCAGCGCGAGGGUACCGAUGAAGCAGCGCGUGGGGUCCCGACCCCGAUCCUCCCCAACACAAGCCUGUGAGGAGAAAUGGGAGGACACAGAGGAGGAGCUGUACGGAGAGGAUGACUGCAGGACAAACAGCAGUCAGAUUUCAGAAGCCCUCUCCAGCCACUUUCAUCUGAACAACGGAUACCUGCAACCCAAACCCCAUCCCAACGCCAUCCUUCUCCACCCCAGGGGUCAGAUCAUAUAGAGAUCAGUGUAGACCUUCGGGUUUAGAACUUCCUGUGGAACUUCCUGUCAGCUGACUCUGUAACGGGAUGCUUAAUAUUCAACAUAUUGCCAGACUGUCUAGUGUUUAAAUGAUGAACGUAGUGGGACACGCACUGAGCCAGAGGGUUGCUAGCUCAAGCCCCACGUAGGUCCCAGUUGUAAAACUUUGGCUGUGGUGCUUCAGCUGUGCCAACGAUGUUCCCAGCAGUGAAAUGAGUUCAGUGUUAUUUUGGAUAAAAAGGUGAACUAAGAAACUGAAUGUAACCUGCUGCAUAGUACCAGCGAAAAUACAGGAAAUUGUGGCUGUCAAGUCAAAGAUCAAAUCUGCCACAAACUGAGACAAUGUCCCAUAAUCACACCCCAUCAUGAAGAAAUCAUGAUGUUUCAAGCAGUUUCUUCAGUGACUCCAUCAGUUGGUGGGUUGGAUUUCGCUUCAUGUGGUCGCCGGGUUUUCGCAGCCGCAAAGACGGCUUGUUGAUGUCUCAUUCUGCAGAGGUAACAGGUUGUGACAAACCAUCAGAUACCCAUCAUCUUUGUCUGACAAUGCCAUUUUUUCUCUCGUUUAUGUGUGAUAUUCCAUCUGUUAAAAAUGAUUUUCACUAACAUGGUCUCAGCAAGUGAAGCGUUCACCGGCUGAUCGCUCAUUUUUGGUUAUUCAGUCAUGUCAUCUGUUAUGCAAUUAAUGCAUCUUGUACAUUCCAUUUAUAUCUGUUCAUACCAUGUUUACAAUUUUAUUCAACUUAUGACUUCUAAAGAGGAUUUCUAAGAUGCCUAGAAUAUAUAUAUAUUUAUAUUUUUUGUGUCAUGCCUAUUCAAAAAAUCACUUGUAAAUCUUUAAGUUUGUUUAGUACACUUUGAGUGUGAAAGGUUGUUGUUGGUGGAAUUUAGAAGGUCUGAAGAGUGCAAUAAAGCCAGAGACAUGAAAAUA